CAGAUGCACACAAACAACAAGGCCGGGGUGGGUACGUGAGGCCAAAGGCUGGCACAUUCCCUUCGCUUCCCUUCCCUUCCCUACAGAUGAAUGAUGCUAGCUCAUUUCAUCCCGAUCCACGCCGACGCACGCACUCCAAGAAUCUAUCUAUCUAUCCUUCCUUCUCCCAAUGCAUGUAGUAUAUAAACCAUUUCCUUGUUGCUAUCUAAUCUACCAGCAGUCAGCAGCAACCCGGCGCCCUGUGUCCCCUGCUGCUGAAUCCAACAAAUAACCAUCCAUCCAUCCAUCUAUCGGCCAAUGCAAAUGCCCUUCUGUUGGGACAAGCGGAGCCCGGCUCAUGCGCCGGCGGACAACCACGUCGCCAUCAAUGGCACCGUCGUCGUCUCCUGCCACUUGGGCCUCUCGUCGCCGGGGAAGACCACCACGCUCCGGCUCUUCAGCACCACGCAGAUGGAUCCCAACACGGGGAAGGGGAAGCUGAGCCCGGAGGCGCCGCUGAGGAGCGGCAAGAAGACCAAGGCGAAGCAGGGCGCCGUGAAGACCACCACCAUGACGUACCAGGUCACCUUCUUCGUGGACGCCGACUUCGGCACGCCGGGCGCCGUCGUCGUCAAGAGCGGGCUCAGGAACGACCACUUCUUCCUCCGCCACGUGCAGGUCCACAUGCCCGAGGCCGGCCGGACCAUCCACUUCGAGUGCAACUCCUGGGUCUACCCCUUCAAGAAGACCAACGCCGACCGCGUCUUCUUCAUCAACACGAGCUACCUCCCUGACAAGACGCCCGAGGCCCUUCGUCUGCUGCGCGACGAGGAGCUGCGGAGCCUCCGUGGCAGCGGCCGCGGCGAGCUCAAGGACUGGGAGCGCGUCUACGACUACGACUUGUACAACGACCUGGGCAACCCGGACAAGGAGGAGCACGCCCGCCCGGUGCUGGGCGGCAUCACCUCCGUGUACCCGUACCCGCGGCGCUGCCGCACCGGCCGCCCUCUCUUCAAGACCGACGGCGCGACGGAGACGCGCAAGCACAUGAUCAACCUCGACUUCUACAUCCCGCCGGACGAGCGGUUCAGCCCCACCAAGCUGGCGGAGGUGCUCACGCUGGCGGUGCAGGCCGUCACCCACUUCGUCCUCCCGGAAUCUAAGGCGCUCUUCCAUGGCAACAUCAACAGCUUCCGGUCCUUGGAGCAGCUCAAGGGCGACCUGUACAGGAAGCCGGUCGUGGAUGGGCAGGUGGUCAUGGACAAGCUCAAGACGUCGGUGCCGUCGCACAAGACCUACAAGCAGGUCUCCAAGAUGGUCAAGGAGACGCCCGUCAAGUUCCCCAUCCCUCAAGUCAUCCAGAAUGAGCCAGAGGCAUGGCGAAGCGACGAGGAAUUCGCGAGGGAGAUGCUGGCGGGGCUGAACCCGGUGGUGAUCAAGAGACUAGAGGUGUUCCCGCCGGUGAGCAGAGGAGGCAAGCAGAGCUCCAUUACCGCUGCGCAUAUCGAGAGGCAGGGGCAGCUCGAAGGACGAACGGUGCACAAGGCAUUAGAUGAGAAGAGGUUGUAUAUUCUUGACCACCAUGACUACCUGAUGCCGUACCUGCGGCGCAUCAACACGCAGGAACAAGGGGUGUGCGUGUACGCGUCGCGCACGCUGCUCUUCCUCAAGGACGACGGCACCCUCAAGCCUCUCGUCAUAGAGCUCAGCCUGCCCAGCGACGGCGCCGGCGCCGACGGCGAGAUCAGCAGGGUCUUCCUCCCUGCGAGCCCAGGGACGACCGAUGGACACCUGUGGUGGCUUGCUAAGGCUCAUGUCUCCGUCAAUGAUUCAGGCUACCAUCAGCUCAUCAGCCACUGCAGGUUGUUCACUCACGCGACGGUGGAGCCGUUCAUCAUCGCCACCAAGAGGCAGCUGAGCGCCAUGCACCCGAUCCACAAGCUCCUGGAGCCACAUUUCAAGGACAACAUGCAGAUCAACACGCUGGCCAGGAGCAUCCUGCUCAGCGCAGGCGGCAUCCUGGAGAGGACCAUGUUCCCGGGGAAGUACGCCAUGGAGAUGUCCUCCGCCAUCUACUCCGAGUGGAGGUUCACCGAACAGUCCUUGCCCAACGACCUCGUCAAGAGGGGGAUGGCGUCGUCGUCCAACAAGGAUCACCUUCACCUGCACGUGGAGGACUACCCGUACGCGGUGGACGGCAUGGACGUGUGGCGCGCCAUCGACGGCUGGGUGCGGAGCUACUGCGCCCACUUCUACCACUCCGACGCCGCGGUCGCCGCCGACGCCGAGCUGCAGGCGUGGUGGCACGACGUGCGCACCGUCGGCCACGGCGACCGGCAGCGCGACCGGGCGUGCUGGCUGGACCUCGACACCGUGGCCAACCUCGUGGAGUCGCUGUCCACGCUCAUCUGGAUCGCCUCCGCGCUGCACGCCGCCGUCAACUUCGGCCAGUACGGCUACGCGGGGUUCAUGCCCAACCGUCCCACCCGGUGCCGCCGGUUCGUGCCGCUGCCGGGCUCCCCGGAGAUGGCGCAGCUGGAGGCCGACCCGGACAGGUUCUUCCUCGACACCGUGCCCGACCGCUUCACCACCACGCUCGGCCUCACGCUCAUCGAGGUGCUCUCCAACCACACCUCCGACGAGCUCUACCUGGGCCAGCGCGCCACCGCGUCGUGGACCGACGACGGCGAGGUGCUGCAGCUGCUCGACAGGUUCCGGGACGACCUCCGGCGGGUGGAGAAGCGGGUCACGGAGAGGAACAAGGACCUGCGGCUCAAGAACCGCAAGGGACCCGCCAAGGUGCCCUACACGCUGCUCUUCCCGGACGUCGGCAAUGUCGGCGCCAAGGAGAAGGGGAUCACCGGCAAAGGGAUACCCAACAGCGUCUCCAUAUGACAUGACAUGCCAUUCGAUCGGACACUACACGUACAUAUAUAUAUGUGCAUGUAUACGUGAGUUUCUCUUUCUUUUGGUCGUCGGUGCUUCUAUUUUUUUUUCAUUUGGUUGGAGAGGAUUUGAUCAAGGUUUUCGGUUUGGUUGUGAGCAUAUUAUUCAUCCUUGUGCUAACUAUAUAUAUUAAUUAAUUGUGAUGAUUGGUU